AAGUUUGACAUCUCCUGCAGCUGGUCGGAGUUGAGCUCCUCAGCUGCCAUGGAGCUUCGGAAGAGUUCGGGAUCUGUACUGAUUGGAUUUUAUCUGUGGGCGAUGUUCUGCUGUGAAGGUUGUCAUGGUGGUGUGUAUCAGAGGAAGCUGUACCACGACCUCAUGGUCAACUACAGUCGGCUGGAGAGACCGGUCCAGAAUGACUCGGCACCCAUCGUGGUGGAGCUCGGCUUCACACUGCUACAAAUUAUUGAUGUGGAUGAAAAGAACCAAGUGUUGAUCACAAACGCCUGGCUGCAGCUGCACUGGACAGAUACGUACCUUUCCUGGAACCCAGAGCAAUAUCCUGGCGUUCAGAACCUUCGCUUCCCUUCUGAUCUGAUAUGGGUCCCAGAUAUUCUCCUUUACAACAGUGCUGAUGAGAGGUUUGAUGCUACGUUCCAUACAAACGUGUUGGUCAAUGCCUCAGGAUCGUGCCAGUACAUCCCACCAGGCAUCUUGAAAAGUACCUGCUACAUCGAUGUACGAUGGUUCCCGUUUGACAUGCAGAAGUGUGACCUCAAGUUUGGCUCCUGGACUCACAAUGGUUGGCUGCUGGACCUCCAGAUGAUGGACGUGGACAUCUCUACCUACAUACCUAAUGGAGAGUGGGACCUAGUAGGUGUGCCAGCCAAGCGUAAUGAGCUGUAUUACGAGUGCUGUAAAGAACCCUACCCCGAUGUGACCUUCACCGUCACCAUGCGUCGCAGGACACUUUACUAUGGCCUCAACCUGCUCAUCCCCUGCGUCCUCAUAUCUGGUCUGGCCCUGCUCGUCUUCCUCCUCCCCGCUGACUCCGGAGAGAAGAUCUCACUCGGUAUCACUGUGCUGCUGUCUCUAACAGUAUUCAUGUUACUGGUAGCAGAGAUCAUGCCUGCCACUUCAGACUCUGUGCCCCUGAUUGCUCAGUACUUCGCCAGCACCAUGAUGAUCGUAGGCUUGUCUGUGGUGGUAACAGUGCUGGUCCUACAGUUCCACCACCAUGACCCACAUGGAGGAAAGAUGCCUAAAUGGGUUCGAGUCAUUCUGCUCAACUGGUGCGCUUGGUUCCUCCGCAUGAAGAAGCCUGGAGAGGAAAUCAAAAGAGUCGUGAGCUCCAGUAGCACCCCUAACUACAAAUACUCCCACCCUUCACCUCACCACACCAGCACCAGCAGCAUCCAAAUGAGUGCCAUACCAGGCCAGGCAUCCACUCAGUCAACCACCACCAAUGGGAACAUGAACCUGUACUUUGGCUAUCACUCAAUGGGCACAGACAACCCAGCUUUCCCAUCCUGCACUGACUCAGGCGUGGUGAUGUGCGGCGGAGGCGGCCACCAUAACAGCUCGUCCCCGCACGACAUCCACUCAGAGCAGACGCGGACUUUGCUUCUGGAGCAGUUGCCGGAAAUUUCCCAGAUCCUGGAGGAAGUGCAGUACAUUGCGAGGCGCUUCCGAGAGCAGGACGAGGAGGAGGCGAUCUGCAGCGAGUGGAAGUUUGCGGCGGCGGUGGUGGAUAGGUUAUGCCUGGUGGCCUUCUCGCUCUUCUCCAUCAUCUGCACUUUCACCAUUCUCAUGUCGGCCCCCAAUUUCAUAGAGGCGGUUUCCAAAGACUUCACAUAAAGCGGACGCCACUUUGCUCUGAGAGGAGAACGAGACGCAGCGCUAGGAAUCCUGACACGACUAAAACUGUGCCACACACACACAACACAUGCCUCUCUGCAUCGGCAAUGUGAGGUAGCACAAGAUACAGUUAUUUUAGAUGUUGUUACAAGUCACAGUUAAUUCACAUAUUGGUCAAUAUAUCUGGGUGUAGUGGAGUAAUACUGUUUUCCAUUUCAGGGUAGGUAACACCUGUGCUAUAUGAGGCUACAGACAGUGGUUUAUAAUGCAGGAACUCAUGCUACUGCACUUUUCAUCUGUAUUCCUGCUGCAGCCCGUCAUUUACCUCCCACCACUUGAGCAUAUGUCUCAUUCAGUACAACACACUGUUCUCGCUUCUGUCCAGCUUAUUCUUUACUCUUCACAUUUUUCACUUCCUGUCCUCGUUGUAGACCAGUAUCAGGCCUGUGUUCUAGCAAUGAUAGUAUUUUAUAUGACGUAAAUACAUCUCCAGCUUACUCAUUCAGGUGGCAGUGAGAUGAUAUCUUUGCAAUGAGUUGGUGGAUUUCGCUACCGACAUGUUCACUUGCAGCACUGUAUAUUGCACUUUUCUUCUAAAUGGAGCAAAACGUGGUGACUAUUUUUAUUUUCUACACUCAAGGUGAUGUAUUUAAAUCAUUGUAUUCAACAGUCCCCAAUAUUGUGUCUCAUUAUUGUAAAAAAAACCAAUUCAAAUUCCAUGCAAACAUCAAUGUGAUCACUGUCUUUUUCACAUUUCUCACCCCUUUCUUGUUCCUUCCUCUUUUCUGCUUCCCAUCUACUUCAGAUCCAGGUUCUGUUUCUAUAAAGACAUGAAAAGUCAAAUUAACGGUGACAUACUAUCACACAUAUAGAGUUGUCUUUCUCAGUAGGGAUCUCCCAGUGGUUUUAUUUGCAUCUCCAUCCUUUGAGCUCAACACUAUACAGUGUUAGUGUGGCUACUUAAUUUUUUACACUCAUUCACAAUGCAUCUAUGCUUUGAUGGUGAUGUGUGUGUUUGUGAAUAAUGUGCUGCUGUUUUCUGAGAUAGAUUUACAAAGGAAACAGAGGAUUGAAGCUGAUAUAUUUGUUCUUGUGACAGAUUUUUUUAAGUAUUCUCAAAGGACAUAACCGCAGUGGAGAUGCCUUUGGUACUAAUCAUUUGUUGUGUCGCGUGCUUUGUGAUUUUCCUCGUUAAUACUCGGUGAAAGGCAAACAUUUUCCUCUCUAAUCUCUAGUAACAACAUGCAUCGAGGAUUACUGGGUGAUGUUAUGUAACAGAUUUGCGUCCUCGUCUCUCUUCACUGCCCAAGUCUCCUCUCUGAUCCUCUGCACUGAGACACAAGUGAAUUGCCACAAGUAAUUGAACUUACUUUUUUUGACUUAUAGCCAAUUCAAGCGAAUACGAAUGGGAGAAAUCAGGGAAGAUUAAAAGCAGCAAUGUUUGGUGUACUGUAAGACUGCCACAGGAACAGCCAGUUGAAUUGUGGUUACAUUUAAAUAAAUGGGUCGAGUAAAGACAGACAGUAAUUUCAUGCCACUUAAUGACUGCAACACUGUGACGCAUUUUCAGAACAUAGCCACUCCUGUUGGACAGACAAAAGACAAAAGGUGAGGACUGUGUUGGCUUUGCAGCAGGUUAUGUAAGUGGUGCAGGAGCAAAAGGAAGAGGGACCAUCUAUCUCCUCUCUCAUUGAUCCACAGAACCUCACACAAAAAAAAACUUUACAGUGUCAAACUUACAUCUCUGAUGCACCUCUCACAAGCUUUAGUUGGUGAUCAUAAAUGCAAUUAACAAGCAAGUGUGGGUUAAAGCAUCCUGAGCACUUUUUUUUGAGGGACAGGGGCACGUACAACUCAGUGGCGAUGUGCACAAAUCAUUGUUCAGCUCAUGCUUGCAUCCUAAUGUUUUACCUCAGUUAUGUUUUUUUUGAAUGAAUCUUUCAAGAAUAAAGUCGUAAUAUUAUGAGAAUAGGAUAUUAUAUAGAAUAUCGUCAGCUGCAACCUGCGUCAAGAUGAGAAACGCGGAGCAUUUUGUGAAGUUACAUCUGCGUGCUGCUGCUAUUUAACAAUAAUACAUUAAUACAUAGACACAAAAUAAUCUCAUAAUAUUACAACUUUAUUCUCAAAAGGCCCCAAUGCCAUGUCAUGAACAAUAAAUAUCCAAAUAUCAAUGGUUAUCCCAGCAUAAACGCAACCCAUUUAGAUUUCAGUAAAUCCCUGCAGCCGCCCAAGAACUACAAAUAUCAACACACUUUCAAACUUUUUUGUCUUUAAGCUCAUCUUUGUUGGUCCAAAUACCAAAGCAAGGCUAGCAUUUGACAUCCGUUUGCAGGCUUUAUGCUAUGCUAGGCUAACUACAUUCUGGCUGUCACACAUUAUUUGAAGUGACACAGAUACAUUUCAGAGGAGGAAAAAAUCGGGAAAAAAAGCCAAGAAAUUAUUGUUUAAUAGGAAAGUAAGAACACUGUAAACAUGUAGACACACAUGACUUGGAAAACAACUUGUUUAUGUCGUCUGUUCUGCGAUAUCAUCAGUCAACAUGAGAAAUAGAUUUUGUUUAAAGAGUGUCAAGGUCAUUAUUACGGUAAGUGACAGGACAAAGAGAAUUCAGGGUAAAGUACAUUCUGCCACUUUGACAUGGAAACCAUAGCCUGGUAAAAAUAGUGCUGCAAAUGUGAAGUUUUGCUCUGUUUCCGUCACCACUAUUGUACUUUUGUCCAUGUCUUUUCCUUUGUCGCCUGUGCCUCUGCACAGAUAUUCAGUCUGAUGUGUAUAAAUGCUCACUGUUCAUGACUCUUUUUUGUGAAAAAUAAAUGAGAAAUAAUUGCUA